AUGUCGCUCAUGGAACUCGACCACACCAGUCCCAGGACUGUUUCUUCCGCUCCUGACUUAAGGAAACUCCGGCUCUCAUGCGACAACUGCUACGCGGCAAAGGUCAAAUGCACAAAGGAGCGGCCAAAUUGCUCAAGAUGCGGUAACUUGGGUGCUGCUUGUGUCUACUCGCAGUCACGACGGGCUGGCAAACCAAAGGGCUCUCGGAACAGCCGGUCCGGGCCGAGCGGGCCUCCCUCACCACCACCAACUGCUUGCAGUGUGCCAGGAACUCCUCAUUCUUGUUCAAACUUCGGCCAGUUCGUUCCUGGUCGUCAGCAGCAUUGGGAUCUCGAUCAACUAGACGAUAAUGGGGAGCGGGGCUCCUCGACCCCGCAAUCGAGGAAAACGUCCCUGAACACCAGCUAUGGAGAGAAUCCGAGUGACGGUUUCGGCAGCUUGAUAACAAGCGCUCCUGUCACAUCCCCGACCCUUAGACCGGCACUUGACUUCAGCUUUGGUCAGAGCACAUUCAGUCCAGGAGAUGCCAGCACGGGGGACACUGGCUUGCCUGUCUUCAAUGGCGGACUAUUUGGGACGAUGCCAGGUUUAAUGCCAGACUUGGUGUCCGGCAUGAUGCCUCCCUGCGACUCUCUCCCCUUCUCCACGGACGACAUGUUCUCUCUCGUGUCACUCAACGACAUGCAAUGUCCUGAUCUUUCUCUCAACAUCAAUCUCGGUGAUUCCACUGCAGGGCUUUGCAACAACACCUGCCACUGUUCUGCCGCGCGCCAGGAGACUCUCGGCACACUACACAACCCUUCACCCUCCUUCGACCGCCUCCUUGCUGUCAACAAGGCAGCCGUCAACCGCGUCACCCUGCACCUCUCCUGCUCGUGCCCUCCGGAUAUCUCGUCGAUAAUGCUGCUCUUCGUGAUCGUCACGAAGAUCGUGCACUGGUACAAAAAGAGUAGGGACGGGCAGGGCUCCGAGGAGGUGGGGGUGACGCUGGGGACGUUCAAGAUGGAUAAGGAGGAUGAACAUCGGAUGAAGAUGGUGCUCAUCAAGUCUGAGCUGCGGAAGGUUGAGAUGCUCAUCAGCCGGUUCCGUGAUCGAUUCGAGAGAUCGCUGGACGGACAAGAUGAGCAGGUUUAUGAGGCCAACAUGGCAUUCUUGGAACAGAGGCUCCAGGACACUAUCAAGGGACUUUGA